AUGAGUGUAGUCCGUCACUUUCUUCAACUUCGCAUCCGCAUUUGCGCGGUGAAAACAAGAGCACCGCUUAGUAGCUACAAUAUAUUAACGAUAAGACAACCAUUUGCAUAUACUAAACAUCUGGUCUCACAAAGAAAACGAAUGUCUAAUUCAAGUGGUUUAAUCGACAGCACAAGUCGGUUAAAACAAUUUUCAUGGGAACAAUGGGAUAAUCAAACGAUUGCUGUUAUUUUUCGACCGGGUAAAAACGGUCUGGAUCGUUACGUUCUCAAACGUUACGUUGAAACUGUUUUGAUGCAAUCUAAUCGAUGGAAAGCUUUAUCGUUCUAUUUUUCACAAAUCUCACCAGCGAUUCUUGCAUAUCCAUUGACAAAGCACGAAAUAGAACUUAUGCGCGACAUCUUCAAAUAUCAUCUACAGAAUGAAUCGUACGCGCGUAUUCUACAACUAAAUAAUCAAGUAAUCGAAUUCGAGGCUUUGCUUGAUUUGACUUCUCGUUCUCAACAAUUGACAAACUCGAAUCCGAACACUCUUAACCGUAAUUAUUUGAUGAAUGGAAACAAGCCGGUGAUACCAUGCAUUCUCUCCACUUACACUCUUCCCCUAACGGCUAAAAAUCCUGUCUCUUCGCCAACAACAUUACCAUCCCGAGUGCUUCAAUCACGUGAACCUGAUACGAUUGCUCAAAUUUCAAACUUAUAUUCGAAAGCUGCACUUUCACCUGAUCUCCAUCUCACCUUGUUUGUGAACGCAAAAGUCGAUGGCACGGGUUGGGUACAAAUCAACAAUGUCUAUUUGCCGUUUCUCAUCAAAUGUCGACAACGUCUUGUUCCUCAUCAAAUUCUUGUUGCGUGUAAAAUUCUACAAUCUGAAGACUUACGCUCGGUACUGAUACGUGCAUCACCCACAGAUGUUACUCUACUCAAUUCAAUGAUACGGGAAUGCAAAAUUAAUAAUGAACAAAUUCCUGAAAAUGCUCUGUUGAUCAAUGUACGGCAUGUUCUUGUCGGUACGAAAAAUCUCGUAUAUGCAAAGAUCUUACUGAAAGAUGAUCCGACAGCGAAAAUCAAUCGUCAAUACAAAAGUGUGCUGGCAACUCAUGGUGGUUCAAUGCUGAUUUCGACACAGAUCUUACCAUUUGUGUGUACCAUGAACUAUACCUAUGUUCCAUAUGAUUAUAUUUCAAGUAAUCAUCCUAAUUUGCAUCCACAAUUGAAGAAAGUGGCUCGUGUACCACAUACGAACGAAUUGGAUUAUUUACAAUUAGUUCGACUGUACUAUAAUGAUAAAGAAUUGCCGUCCGAUGCAUUGGUAAUCGAUAUCGAACAUUUGAAACAAGUUCAACUUGUUCCAUCGAAGACAAUAUCAUUACUUGAACACCAUGCCAAAGAGAAAAGCAAACUUGAACAACAGAUCAUUCGGUUGAACAAUGCAGCAGCGAAGAAACGAAAACAUCCGAACAAAAAACAAGAUAAUCAACAGCUACGACAAAAACUGAAGACUUCGAAUGACAUUCGUCCAGUCAUAGGUUAUUGUCCUGCGUCCAUAACUCUCAAACAACAAAAUAAUCCUCAGCACGGCCAAUCACAUUGCUAA